UAUCGAAAAAUUGCUCUCUCAGCUGUCCAUCAAUGGUUCAGAUCGAAACUGAACCAAUUCGAGUUGAAUAAACUCAACCGCAAAGCCACCGAAAGCGAGAGGCACCGGCACCUGAACUCUAUAAAUCCGACCACUCAGAUCUAAUGCCGCUGAAAUUGAACAAGGUUGUACUUGUACGUAGCCGUAUGUAGAUAUAUAGCGGGUCCGACACAUUCCGAUUUCGGUUUCGCUUUCGAAGUCGGCUUAAACUUGGCACCUGUUGCGGUCAGAGCAGCACUUGCCUACACUGUCGAACAUAGUUCGGAUCGAAUCGAGACGAGAAUGGUUUGUGGCCGAAAGUGCUCGUUUUUUUGCCUCUUCAUGAGCUCCUGGGCCUUCAUCAUGCUGAAUCUGCUGGGCAUUUUCUUCUUCGUCCGGUCGCUGGUGCUGCUAAAGGACCUCCCAUUGCCGGCUCAUUUUAAGGACCUGGGGGACUUCAAGACGAGGGCCGAGGAGGCCUACCACACAGUGUCCAUCCGAUGCUUCAUCACCGCCGUCGUCUAUCUGGGAUUCAUAUUCAUCUCGAUAAUCGCCAUUCGCCAGGACCGCAAGAAGAGGCGCCGACUCUACAAACGCGGCACGUUGAUACCCCGACGUUGAUCUGCUUUUCUCCACGAUUGCUCGCCGAAUAAAGUGUAUAUUUUCAUGGUUCCAA